AUGGCGCCUCAGAUCGUGCCGACAGUGCCCCUCGCCGUCAUGCGCUCGGCGGCGUCCUCCUUCUCCUCCUCUUCCUCGACUUCGCUUGAACCGCUCUACACUACAACCGUGAUUGAGACCGUCUACGCCUCUGCGACUGCACAGUCUUCCUCGUCACCAUCAAAAGCAGGUUCAAUUGCAUCGGCGGCUGCGGCGUUGGCUCAGGGUGAUAUUGGCGAAGGAGGAGAAGUCGAGAACGGGUAUCUCUCGUUUGCAGAGAUCGGCGCUAUCAUCACCUCCCUCUUCCUUACGACACUUGUCGUCACUGUCCUAGCGUCUUUCGUCCUCGCUCAAGCGCGCAACGCUCGCCGACUAGCUGAAGGGCGAUCUACGGAUCUCGAAUGGUUCGGACUGGGACGGAGCAGCCCAAAGGAGGGGGACGGGCGGAGAUCAGCGCGUCCGAGAGGCGAGGCGAAAGGCGAGCAGGCUGGACUUAUGGAGUCCAGCACCGUCAACCUCUUCAAUGUCGCGGAGGCGCUGAGCGCGGUGGCAUCCAAGGCGUCGGCCGAAAAGGCGGGAGACUCGGCGGAGACGACGUCGGCGCCUUUACCUACCCUUCCGCCGACGAAGACGACCACACCCGCAAGCAACGAAGUUCCCCAAGGUAUGGGGGUCGGUAUGCACGGUAUCAUGGCAACGGUGAACUCGACGGGAACAAAUCCUGCAACUGCGCCAUGGGCGACCAAGACGUCGGGCGGAAUGGCGGCAUUUUCGGACGACCUCACGACUAUAGUCGUGCACUCAGACUCUUCCAUCGAAUACGGCUGUCCGCUCGAAGGCGACUCCUGGCAGCAAGAGAGCUUGACCGACUCGUUGACCGCGCACACGGCGACCGGCAAAGGAUGCUACAUGAAGUACACCUUCACUGGUGACAGCGUCCAGGUCUACGGCGCUACAGGUGUUCAAGCGGGCGUCUUCGGCUGCUCGAUCGGCACUUCGCAGUGGAAUGCAACAGGCUGGUGGAACGCAUACGGCUCAGGCAACCACUUCCAGCCCUACGCAGGGUCGUGCCAAAUGCAGGGACUUGGAUACGACUCUCACGAGAUCCAGCUUGUCAAUUCGCCGAACGAACCGAAAAAGCUGUACUUCACUGGCCUCCGCUUCACGACAAACAAGACUCAAACCGUCUGGGAGACCCACUCAUGGUCAGCCUGCUGCGCAGGGUACACCUUCCCGCAAGGCGUCGCAACGAUCGUCUCGGUCGCUCCGUCUGCGACCGGGUCUUCUGGCGCGAGCGUUGGCGGACUGAGUACCGGGACUUUCGGAUUCGUGAUCGUCGGCGUCGCAGCCGCUAUCAUCCUCGCUUCCGUCCUCGUCGGCUGCAUGUGCUGCCGCAAGCGCCCUUCGGCAGACCCCUCAGCGCACCUCAAAGCCGUCCUUGACUCGGAAGACUCGGAAUCGCACCCGCUGCACAAGCGACACUCGAAGAAGCGGUCAAGCAGGAAACGCUUCAGCGACAGCUCGAGGAGUCGCAAGCACCGAGAAACGACGACCGAGUCCGAUUCCGAGGACGAGAAGAGUACGGGGACGGAUGCGAGUACGGGAACGGGAUCGAGUACGGAUGAGAGUGCGGAUGAGAAGCAUGCGAGGAGGAAGAAGGACCGGUAG